AAAAGAUGGGGGAUGCCAGCUGAAAGUUUCUCAGAUUGAACAUUCGUCGUGCGUACUAGUUUAACUCUUUCAUUUAACAAAAUUUAGAGGUUUGUCAUGGGCUUGUUCGAAGGAUCCUGGGAACGAGACGCGGAAGUGUUGCCUUUGACCUAGCCUCUCGUGUGAACCUCGUGCAAGUAACUACUCGUGAUUAAAAUACGCACCAUGUCCCGUUUAUUGUGGGUCAGUCUUGUGGCAGUGUUGGCCGCUGUGGGGUUUGGUGUCUACUCUAACUACGAUGGCUUCGAUCCAGAGACAAUACGAGGUGCAGCAGUCGUCAUCACGGGCUGCAGUACCGGCAUCGGCGAAGAGAUGGCGUACCAGUACGCCCGGCUGGGAGCAAAGAUCCUCAUCACGGCCAGGAGGGAGAACAGGCUGAAGGAGGUGGGGCAUUGGGAAUUUGUUUAAGAGAAAAUUAAUCAA